ACCAGAGUGCAGCGGCCAGUUUUGUCUAAGAUGGCCGAGUGAGAGGAUCGCACGUCAACGGCCUCCGCUUUGGUCUUACACAGUAUUUGGCUCAAAUCGCCUUGUUGUUGUCGAAUGACGGCAUGUUGAUCUGCCCUCGAGUGCGCAGGAGUGCGUGUGUGUUUUUGUGCAGACCGCGGUAACCUCUGCGAGUGUCCCCUUUGGCCAGCCCAGCCCGCUCACGGCGAGCUCCCUUUGGUCCAUCCAGCCAGACUAGCUGGCUCGGCCCCGCAACUAAUGUCCCAGUGUUGUCCUAUUAUGUAUCGCAAGUCUCGCGUGUGAAAAGUGCCGGAGUAUGGAACACACAUGGCUCCUCCACAACCUGAUCGUGGCUUUGGGAUUACUUGAAGAAUGCUCUGCGUUCCCCAUCCACUUGGGAGCAGGUGGAAUAUGGAGCGCGGGGGUGGCGUCGCCGCUGACGCCCAUCGCCCUGGGCGCGGCCACGCUCCUGGCGGCGCUGGUGCUGCUCAUGGGCUGCGUCUGCUGCCGGCAGCAGAAGGGCUUUCAGGAAUUUACUGAUAGUGUUUCAUCCCAAAACAACCUUGAAUCUGCUGCUCCGCAUGGUAGUGGACAUUCUCACCGAGCAGCGUCUGAGUUAACAUUGUUUCCACCAUUGGGCACCACACUCAAUCAACCAGGGGAUCGAUCAUCUGUUGUUCAAUUUGAACCGCUGCCUGAUAUCCAUGUGGUGGCAGCUGCAGCUGCUGCCGCACGCCGCAAGCCUGCUGCAUUUGGAAACACACUUCACCAUGGCCUAUCAGUUCAUGAUUGGUUUGAAGGUUCAGUUGAAAAUUUUCCACGCCAACAACUACAGUACCUUCGUGAACUGGGACGAGGAUGGUUUGGCAGGGUGGUGGAAGGAAAGGCCAAAGAAAUAAUUCCUGGACAUGCCACAUCAAAAGUCAUUGUUAAAAUACUUCAUGAAGAUGCUACUCCUACUGAUCAGUCCUACUUUCUUCAUGAGGCGAAACCUUACAAAACUUUGAAGCAUCCUAAUGUUCUUCGUCUUAUUGGAAGAUGCUUGGAAACUCAUCCAUUUCUUCUUCUUCUAGAAGAUUGCUCAUCUGGAACGCUGAAGACAUUUCUAGCGGAAAACCGAACAAAUGCCGAAAAAUUCUGUGAGCAAGGAGUACUCCUUGAGAUGGCCUGUGGAGUAGCAGCUGGACUGCACCACAUGGUAGAAAAUGGGUUUGUUCACACUGAUCUUGCUGCUAGAAACUGUUUAGUGUCUUCAGACUUAACAGUGAAAGUAGGGGACUAUGGAACAAACAUUGAAACUUUCAAGGACGAAUACUACUGUGUGAGUGAUCUUGCUAUACCCAUUAGAUGGGUAGCCCCAGAAACACUACACUGCACUGAUACUACUAUUGAAACUAAAGAAGUCACAGCUAGUGCAAAUGUGUGGAGUUUGUCUAUUGUUUUAUGGGAAAUAUGUGAGUUUGGUAAGCUUCCUUACACCAACCUCAGUGAUGAUGAAGUUAUCGAGCAAGUCCUAGGAAAAUGUUCAACCAACUUGCCCUUUCCAACUUAUGAAAAUCAACCACAUGUGCAUAAUUUAUACCAUUUGAUGAAAAUAUGUUGGGUGGAAGCAGAGAAACGACCUCCGUUAUGGAGAGUUGCUGCAAUGCUCAAACAUCUGGUUCAGCACAAGAGCUCCCCAGCACAUACAAGUGCAAAUAACAAUAACAAUAGUACAACAAGCCUAGAUGAUUUUGAAAGAAGGUGGGAGCUAUCAAAACCCAACUCUGUUCCUAAAAUUGACAACCAGGUUGGAACAACCAGUAUGCAGACAUCCCCUGUAAAAUCAGUACUGUUACAACGAUGUGCUUCACUUGAAGAUAAUUCUGCAAGCACAGCGCCCCACCUGGAGUUGAAUACUGCAACAGAUAAAUCACGCACUACUGCCUCUGCUAACUCACCACAGUUAUCAGUUUCUAGUAGCUGCACUGGGGAUGGCUUCAUUCCCUCCCCACUUGUUGCUCUUAAAUCUCCUAGCCUGCAAAAUCUCCGUGGAUCUGUGGAUGAGUUGUAUAAUCCCGAGUCAAAAGAAGGUGCUCAUGAUAUUAAAAACAGACAGGCUCCAGAAACUGUAGCUGAAGAGGGAGACUUUGAUUCAUGGUUGAAAGGCAUGGACACAUCCACAGAAGAAGAUGUUCGAUUUGUUCGCAACAUUUCUGAAGCCAUACGUGAUUUAGAUGAAGUCUUAGCUCAGGAGAAAACAUCCUCUUCAUCACAGAAUUCAAGUGCUCAACCAAGUCCAUCACAGAUCACAUCUCGAGACUCCAAACCUGAGUCUACUAUCUUUACAAGCCAAGAUCAGAAGUUCACACUCGAUUUCAGACUGGGUCAAGCAGCUGCAUCGUCUUUUAUUAGUCACAAUAUUGGACUGUUGCAUUCGCAUGGGCAUGAGAGCCUCAGUCUUUCUCAACAUCGCCUGGAGUCAUCAGGCUCAGACACUGAAGACGAAACAUGGAGGAUACGCAUUGAGAGGGGAGAAUUUUCUGAGAAGGUGAAAGAAAAGUCAAGGAGUGUGGCAGAUUUGAUGGUUUUGACACACAUAGAUUAUAGUGAUGGGAGUGAUUCCGAUACAACUCUGGAUCUGGACUCAUGUGGAUCAACAUUUAGGAAGAAUGGUGCCGGAAGACGCUCAUUUAACAGAAAACCUCUUCAGUCUUCCUCAUCUAUAACUUAUGGUAGUGAAGGAAACAUACAUCAAGCAGUUCUUGGAGAAGAAUUUCAGGAAACAAUAAAGAAACUUCAGGAAUCCUUGCGCGAUGGUUCCAAAUUGGAGGCUAUUCCAGAUGUUUCUUUAUCAUGUAUUAGCAUGAGUAGCAAUGAUGCUCAUGAUAAUGUGCCUCAGGCUCAAUUUCCCUUAGACCAGAGUCAUUUUUUAGCCAAGCUGGCCUCGGAAAACAAAAUGAUGAAAAAUGACGGCAGUAGGGCCACACUCAGUGUUGCUCUCAAUACCAAGUUGGAUGAGGAACAAAACAAUUUUAAAACUGAAGAAUCUAACACCUCAUCAGAAAAUGGAGAAUCCAAGGAGAAACUAGAGACUCCCUUGAAUGGUGAUGCUUAUUUUGCCUCCUCAGGAAUCACAUCUGUAACUAGUCAUCCAUUAGAAACUAUCUUGAAUUACUCUGAAGAUCGUGAACCAAGCAAGGAGGGUAGUCUUAAAGAAGGAAAGGAAGAAAUCUCGAAUAUUAAUGGGCACUGUAAUAGUAUUAGUGGAGAGAAAUUCUUAAUUGCCAGCACUCCAAUCUCCAGAGAGUCUAAUUCAAUACGACACUCAGAUAUUGACACAUUUGACAUGGAUUCCAGUUUACUUUGCUCUCAGUCACUAAGCCUCAUUGAAUCUGAGAAAAGUGAUUCAAUUGUCUGUUCUCCAGCAAAUAGACCACCAUCUCCCACUCCAGAUGAUAUUGAGACAAAAAAUGAAAGUUCGUCAUGUGUUAUUCUGGGUCCCUUUGAAGACUCCACUUUAGACUACUUCAAAGGAUUGAAAACAGCAUUUCCUGUGAUGAAAACUCUAAAUUAUGAUACUACAAAUGAAAUGGAUCUAGAGGAAAAUUCCAUAGAAACAUGGGACAAAUUCCUAGAUCAUGCUAUGCAACCAGAAAACUGUGAUUAUCCCUCUUUCUCUGAUGUAAGUUUCCAAAAAUUGGAGUCAGAAUCACAAGGGAGUGACUCUAAUGCCCCCAGUGCCUCAAGUGACAUUUUAGGAAGCAGCUUUGAGAGAAGUCUCCCUGAAAAGUUGACUGUAGGGAGCCCUGUACCUCAUUUAGAUGUGAAGCUCUCUGAAUUUCCUGCCUUUAAUGGACAUCAACCUCAAGGAGAUGCAUCUGAAUCUGGAGAUGGAAAAGAGGCUGAAAUAGGACUUGAAUCUCAAGUUUCUGCUUGCGCCGUAUCAACUAAUAAAGUGCUAGAUCCUGCCUCUCUAGUGGUUCCUAGUGUCAAUGUCAUUGCAGCAACUCCGAUUACUUCUGGCCGUAACACCCCUAAUGACUUGACAAAUAGUGAUAUUGAUUCAGUGAGUAGUGUUACCAAAGAAUAUCCUGAUGUCACUGGUUGUCUGGAAGAUAACAUUAUCAGUGACAUUAAAAUAGUUAGUGAAGACUCUGAAAAAGUCUAUCAGAAUUUGAAAGACUCAUUUUCUCAGAACCAAUUUGCUGUGCCUGAGAUCAAAAUGAGUGGAGGUAAUACACCUAAAUUUGAUCCUGAUCUGCCAUGUUGUAACCUAAGUGACCGUGAUUUUGUGUCAGAUGACAAACGUUUUGAUUUACAAAACUCAGCAUUUGACAUUUUUCCGACCAGUGUUGAUGGCACUCCUAAUGGCAACUUUGUUGAAGUUUUGGAAACAGGCUGUUACACAAGUUCAAGCUUAGAUGGAGAAUUGACUGACAAAGGUUUCAAGCCCGUUAUACCACUCUUUUCUAAAACUUUUGACUCAAAAGAAGAUGCUAAUGGAGAAAUACUUGAAGAUGAUGAUGAUUUUGGUUUGGGUGUUGCUAAAAAUCUGACACCUGAUGAUGAGAGAAGUAGUGAUUCAGGUUUUCGUGAUAAAGGAAGUUUGAGUGAAAGUUGUGAAGAUGCUUGCGAUGAGAAAUACAACUUAGAAGACAUAGAGGCAGAGUUGGAGGAAGCUUUCUCCAAAGGAGUCUUUGCUAGACAGGACUCACCUACCAGUAACAAAGGUGUGGAGUCUGAUUGUGAAGCUGUUGAUGAGUCAUUUUCUGUAACAUUAACAGAUGUUGAAAAGCAAAGAGAGUUGAGAGAAGCUGAAAUUAAUCAAUCAAGAGAUCCCUGUCAUCGACUAGAUGACUUGCUCAGGUGUGAUCAAAUGCAUGAACCACUUUCUGUAGAUGUGGAAUCCUCUGUUGAUUUCUUUGGAACAAGCCCAGCUCUUUCCCCCAUACCACAGAGUAGUGGGUGGUACCUACAUCCUCCUCAGGUUAAUGAAGAAACUCAUGCUGAACCUAUUAGUGGAAAUGAUAGUAGCUAUUUUUCAUUCAAUCUUGAUGAAGAAUUUGUAAAUGCUAUCAGAAAUGAGUUACGAGAAAAACUUCCUUGUGCACAGAUGCAACGCGAAGAACAUCAGCCACAACUUUCAGAUGAAGAAGAUAAUUCUGAUGAAUUAGAUUCAGAUGAUUCACCGUCUAGAGAAAGGACUAAUAUUAUGAUCCAUUAUAAAACUUACCCUGCACCUUUAUCUCCUAUUCUAGAAGAAAGGGAAAGUCUCUGCUCUGAAAGCUUUUCCCCAUUGGGUGGUUGCAAUAGCUCAUCCUGUUCAGAACAGUUAAGCCCAGUUUUUGCCGUUGAUCGAAGCCCAAGCAACCAAGGAGAUGGUGACGUACGCCAUAUGGAAAGUGAAUGCCCUGCAGAAGUUGAUGGUGAUCUUAGUGAUGACUGUGGAGAUUGUGGAGAUUUUGAUGAAAUAAGUGAACACGAUGCCCUUCCACUUGACCUGAAAUUCAAUAGUCCCAGCAGCCUCAACGAAGUACCUUGUUCUAUUGACUUAUGCAUGAAUGAUGAUGGUGAUGAAAAUGAUGAUGAUGAUGUUUUGAUUGUAAACACCGAAACUAAUGAAGCUACUCUUCUGGAGAGUCCAAAACCCACAGGCAAGUUCUCAUUUGGUAAUGAUGAGUGCGAUGACUCAAUCCAUGAUGACUUUGUCCCUGACUUCUUAAGUGUCGCUGGAAGCUAUCAGUUGCCUGAGAGCAAACUAAACAAUGUUGAAAGAAUGCGCUCGGAUCUUUACUUGGGAAACAGACCAUUAACAUUGGCCACAUUACCACAAAGUUCAGUUGACAUAGAAUUUGAAGAUGAUAAUAAUUCAAUGACACCUGAUAGUAUUACAUGCGAAAAAUCUUUCAGCGAAAGAACUGAAGAUUCUGCUGUAGGACUUGCACUUAGUGAAGUUAUGACACCAGACAGUCUUGCUGGUGAAACCCAGUGGACUUCAGCACAAAUGUGUGACUCGGGCUUUGGUACAAUUAUCAGUACUGUGCCUUCAUCCAGUGGCCCAUCUGCAGACAGUCCUGACAGGAGGUCUUCUGAAGUAGAGUCAAUUAUAAUUGAGCCGGAUGCAUCAAUGGGUAUUUUGCCGCCAGCCUCAGAUAAAACUCUUAUUAAAGAAGACGAUGCUGUGGAAUCAACAGAAGCAACUCAUUCAACAGAAGACAGUGAAUCUUCUGUUAGCGUUAGCUCUCAUUCAGUAAUUGCUGGACCUCUCCCUCCUAACUCUGGUGAUUCGAAAACAUGUGCCACUGAGGAUCAUGUGGUUCUGGCAUCAUCAGAUCCUUUGACCAGUAGUGAUAUUAAAAAGGAUUUAAAACUAUUCAUUAUGGAAGAGGCAAAGUUUAGCAGUUCUGUAUCAAGUUCAUCCCCUCAAUCUUUAAAGGAAAUGGCAAAAAAUACAAUUAAAAGUAAGUGUUCUUCCACUGUUCAGACACUAGCCUUCAACAAUGAAGACUUUCUUGAAAAGUCUCAUCUCAUCAGUACAGAAAAAACAACACACUGUGUACCAUGUACUGCAAAUGGCUCCCAAAGUUCAACUUCAAAAAUAAUUGAAGAUUUGGAGUUUGAAAAUAAGAAUUUGAAACAAUCUCGUUUAGAGAUGCAUGAGCCCUUACAAACUUUAGCAUUUAGUGACGCUGAUGUCACGGAGAGAAACAACUUUCCUGGACUAGGUCACAUUGUAGUGAGCUCCAUUAUUGCUCCUCUAACUCCCAGUGAUGAAACACUAAUUCCUGGAACCUUGGCGUUCAAUGAAAGUCCUGAGUCACCUCGUGCAAUCUUGUCACCUAUAUUCAAAGAAAAUGAUUCAACUGAAGCUGAAAGUCAUUUGAUGUCAACGUCUUUCAUGUCAGCCGAUGAUGUGUAUGAGGAUCAUGACCAUUUCACACCUGAUUGGGAGUCAGGUUCUGAUGGAUGUGAGUCCGAAACUGCAUCAUCAUCUAGUGGAGAGUUCAUCUGGAAGGAUGGUGAGAGAGAAUCCUCUGUUAAGGCUGUAAAUGCUGUGCCUGAUUCUGCUCUCAGUAGUGCUCCUGAUCAACAGACUUACAACCAAAAUACAACUGAAUUUCCAAUGUCAUCAAUAAUGGAAGAGGAGGAAGAUGAAGACAAUAGUGGAUCUAGCAGCUGCACAUCAGACUCUGAGGAUGAUACUGAAUUCGUACCGUCUGCGUGGGACAGUCAGGCAACUCCUAGUCGCUCAGCUUUGCGUAGUCCAGAGAAGAAAGUGGAAGUCAACAAUACAGUUGAACAUAAGAAAAAUGUAAGCUUUAAGAGGCAGCGGUAUCACUGCGUUUAUGAGUACCCUCGUGAGCUCAGUGAUUCUGAUGGAUCUGAAUUUGCCGAUUCACCAAGUCGUCGACGCACAUGGGAUUUGGAAAAUAGUACCUACAACAUGCAUGAUUGGGAUUUAGCUGUUAAUGAGGGCAUGGCUGAGACAUCUUGUCAGGAUGACACAAAAGAUGAGCAGUUGUCUGCUUCACCUUCUGCAUCUCAAAAACUUUAUGAGUUUUACAAGUUAAGCAGUGCUGAUUAUGGCUUUGGUUCUACCAUGUUAUCUGAGGAUGGAGAAUUUUUCAUAAGUAGUUCUGCACAACCGUUCCACACUUUGGGAGAAGCAGGUCCAUCAGGAGGCAGUGAGUUUUUCCCUGGGCGAGAUUUAACUGUUAGCAGUGUUGAUGAUGGCGAUGUAGUUGAUGGCCCAAUGGAUCAUAAUUCAGUGAAGAGUGGGCUGCCAACAAACUCUGAGAAUCAAAAUUGGCGGCAUACCGAAGACUUCUCAGAUAGUGAUAGUAGUGACACCAAUAUGAUAACUGCUUCAGAGGGUUCAUUUAAUCAGCAGCAGAGUGGAGACUCGAAUUCGUCUUCGACUCCCAUGGUUACUGCAAAUGGAAGUAGCAAGAGUAGCGAAGACUCCAGUAUUUACCAUUCUAUACCCUCUAAUCAAGAACUGCAAGUUGAUAGUGGAAGUGAUUCCCCUUUAUCUGAACUUUCACCCACCUCACCACUCUCCCCGUCCUCUCCAUCUCAUGGACUUGGUGAACUACGACAUACAAGAGACCGCCUAAAGUUAGAUUUACCAGCUGCAAAUACUACUUUUGUUUUAGUAGCACCUUGUAAGAGGAGAUCAGUAGAACAAGUUAAAGGUGAAGCGUCUUUAUUGGAUGGUGAAGAUGGCUUGAAAGGGAGCAAGGCUUGUGUGAAUGAGACUCUGCCGGUCAGCAGCAAUGUUCACUAAAUUGGUGAAUUUGAUGUGUUUUCGAGAGUGUGAUAUUGUUAGCUGGUAUAAUCCCUCUUUUAUUCCAUGUAUUUUCCAAAUUAGAACCUUUAAAAACAUGAGAUAAAUGUGAAGAAAAGACUUUAUACGUAACUAAAAAUAAUGUGAUUUUUUGACUCAGUUGUUAGUACAUCUAUAUUCACAUUUCUAAGUUGUGAGUAUAUGUUCCACUUGGAGCUAGUUUCCCUACUUCCAAUUCUUUACCAGUGUAGAUGAUAGCCAUUGAAACCAGUAUAAUUACUCAUUCUUAUAGUGUGCAAGUCAUAAAUAAGAAUUUCACUAAUGGUGCUGGUUUUAAUUCUGUAUUGUCACCAGGAAUCCCCAUAAGCAGGGAUUCUGUUUGUGUUAAUUGUUUUGGUUUUCCGUCCUUUUCCGAGUCUGUUUUGUGGCUUCUUAGAUGUUUCAUCCAUUGCUGUGAUUUAUUUCCUUCUAUGAAUUUGUCUGAGAGUGACAAAGUAACUCUAAAGUUGAUCUGUUAGUAAUUUUUACUUUUUAUUUAGUACUCCUCAACAACUGGGUGUGUGUUAAAAGUGUGGAACCCUUAUGUUCAUUCUAAAGAUAGUGUAUCAAAACACAGAAUGCAAUUUGUUCUGCAGGGGUGGCAAAGAUUGUGAAUAAGACUGAUACAUGUCAUGGAGGAUUAUAGUGUGGAGUUUUGUUGGUUCAUAUUUUUGUGAUAUUAUAAUUAUGUUGUUAAAGUCAUGACAUUUUUGAAUUUGUGCACGGCAAUUCACUUCUUUCCUUGCAAAACCUUUAAAUAUGUACAGUACAGUACAUAUGUAGAUUUUUAAUUUCUUUUAAAGUUGUUCAACAUCAGUAAACCUGAUUAAUAAUAUUCCUGUCUGAUCCUGUAUUAUUCUUAUGUUCAGUACUGAACUGAUAUGGAUGCUUAGGAAUCAAUUCAAAUUCCUUUCAUAAAACAGGAGAAGGAUGCGCCGUGUCAUUGGUACAAUGGAAAACUUUGUGUACUUUGCACAAACUUUACAUGUUUACUUUUUGUAGUUUUACUGAAUAUGAUUAUAUAAAUUAUAUUUACCCUCUUUAUUAUUAUUGUUAUGAUUGUAUUACUAUUAUUAGAUGUACUACUUUUCAAUUUUGGGGGGCAAAAUGGCAAAAUUUUCUCUUUUGUUUUCUUUCUUCCCAAAUAUAUGGGAUUGUUUUGCUGAAUUUGUGUUUUUUUGCUUGGUGAAUUUAGGUGAAAUUUCAGAGACCGAGAACCGUCCAGUAAUUGUUCCUGCCGAACCUGUUUUGAUGUUUUAAAGAGACUUCUAAUUGGAGCUGUCACUGAAGUAUUCCGAGGAAAUGCAAUAUUUUAGUUGAUUUUAUUAGUUGAGAUCUUAAUUUUUAUCAAAGACUUGGUUUGCUUCUAAAAAAUUCUUUUUUUACUCUAAAUAUUGUAUUAAAGUUAACACUAUAAACUGUAAUUUGCCCCUUGAUAUCAGUCUACAAAUUAAAUUAACUGUAUGUUCGGUAGUGUGUAUUCUCAUUAUUGUCUGGCAAGAUGGCCUAAAUUAAAGCUGGCUUUAUGAGAUGACCAUCUGUCAUAGGCCAAGUUAAUUUAACAGUAGAUUUAGAUUAGUGUUUGUGAACUAAGCGUAGGUAAAUUUGCAAUUUUGGUAAAGAGAGGUUUGCGUUAUACCGUCCUAAACAGGAUGCCUGGACUGUGUCAAAGGUUUUUGACCUUUUAUUUCUUGCCAAAGGGUCCAUCUUGACCCCUGUAGUAUUGGCCCGUCAGUCUAUUGCUGCAUUCUAUUUUUCAGACUUGGAAAGAAAUUAAACCUCUCUUAACAAUUUGCAGCAUGAGAUGUUUUCCAUACAACCCUCCAGGAAAUUUUUAAUCCUUUCCAUUUUAAAUUCUGAUGUGGCAUGGAUGGGCCUUAGAGUUCUCUACAUUUCUUUAUUGUUCAGUCGAACUGAUGAUUUUUAGUCUUGCUCAUUUUGUAUUUAUUACAUAUUUAUUUUGAUAAUAUUCAUAUGUUUUGUGUAUUGUAGUUACUGAUUUUCGAAGAAUAUGUAUAUAUUGGUGAAUGUAUAACAAGGUAUACCAUUUUUAAAUACUGUAAUUAAUGCAUCUUUGUUGCAAAGAUUUUGUGGCCAUGGGGCAUAAGGUCCAAUUAAAUGUGAGCCCUUUUGGUAGCUUUCCCCCUCAAGACUUGUUGCCAUUCUUCAUUGGUAAGUUUAAACCAUUCCAGGCCUUUUACAUCUGUUUGUUAGAGUGCCACAUGAUGUAAGUUUAACUAAAGUAGUCUCUUUUUUUGUCUCUAUUUAUUAAUGGGUUUAAAAUCUUCAAAUCUCCUUUUCAUGUUAUAUCUUGUAGUUGUUUUAGGUAGUAAAGAGCAAAUUGGCAUUGAUCAAACUCUGUUGUUAUUUAACUAAAUAUAAAGUUAGUUCGUGGUUGGUGAAUGUGUAUGUGUACAGCUUUUCCCAGAAAUGGAGAUCCAUAUGGUUCUGUAUAGUGUGUACUUUGCCAAUAUGUGCAAGAUUUGGGAAAGCAACACUGCUUUAGAAGAAAUGUGCACAUGGCAGUUUGCACAUGGCUUUGUACCUGGUGUGUUCCUUGCAGAAGUAGCCUUAUGGUGUAUCAAAGAAGUUAAUUAGUUUUAGAUUUUGUGGGAAUUCCUACAUUGUACAUGAUGAAUGAUAAAUGAAAUGUGAUUAAGACUUUUAUGUACAUUGAUAUUUGUUCUGAAAUGGUUGUAUUUGUGUCCACAGAUCUUGUAAGAUAGGCUACCAACCUGUCUGUGUAGUUAAAAUGUACUGCACAUGUUUAACUUGUUAAAGUUUGUCACAACAUGGUAUGCUCUCGGUGCUGUAACUGUACCCGACAGUUGUGCUUGGUUUUCGAAGAAUGGUGAAAUAUACCCUACAUAAAUUUAUAAAAUUCUUAAUAAAAAAUAUUUUACUUCGCAA